AUGGCGUCGCGGUAUGACCGGGCAAUCACUGUGUUCUCCCCAGAUGGACACCUCUUCCAAGUGGAAUAUGCUCAAGAAGCGGUGAAGAAAGGCUCCACCGCGGUUGGAAUUCGUGGUACCAAUAUAGUUGUACUCGGGGUGGAAAAAAAAUCUGUUGCCAAGCUUCAAGACGAAAGAACUGUGAGGAAAAUUUGUGCCCUUGAUGACCAUGUCUGCAUGGCUUUUGCAGUAUCUACCUUGUUGAUUGGACUGACUGCUGAUGCUAGAGUAGUAAUAAACAGAGCCCGUGUGGAGUGCCAGAGCCAUAAGCUUACAGUUGAGGACCCAGUCACUGUAGAAUAUAUAACUCGCUUCAUAGCAACCUUAAAACAGAAAUACACUCAGAGCAAUGGACGAAGACCUUUUGGUAUUUCUGCCUUAAUUGUAGGUUUUGAUGAUGAUGGUAUCCCAAGAUUAUAUCAGACUGACCCCUCUGGUACUUAUCAUGCUUGGAAGGCAAAUGCAAUAGGCCGAAGUGCUAAAACUGUCCGAGAAUUUCUAGAAAAGAAUUACACAGAAGAUGCUAUAGCAAACGACAGUGAAGCUAUCAAAUUAGCAAUAAGAGCUUUAUUAGAAGUUGUCCAGUCUGGUGGCAAAAACAUUGAACUUGCUAUAAUAAGAAGAAACCAACCUUUGAAAAUGUUCAGUGCCAAAGAAAUUGAAUUACAAGUCACUGCAAUAGAAAAGGAAAAGGAAGAAACAGAGAAGAAAAAAUCAAAGAAGACUUCCUAAUUCUUAGUGUGAAGGCUGGGAGCUUUUAAUGUUUUGUUGUACUUCUU